AUGAAACGCGCAGCCCUCCGAAGACACAGCAAGUAUCGUACGGACUCUACCAGGACCAGCUAUAUGUUAGCAAACGCUGAAUUUAAGCAACUGAAUGAUCGUCUGUACAACGCUUAUCAGUACCAUCUGCAAGACAACCUCAACAGCGUUUUUACCAAUGAGCUUUUAGAUCCGCAAGACGUGGCUGCAGCUACCAGAAAUGUUCCCCGACUGAUGGCAUCUGAUUCGCAAAUCGUUAUCACCGAUGAUAUGGUCAAAGCAGCAGGUAUGGAUCUGAAGUGUUCCACCGGAUGCGGCCCAGACGAAACUCCUUCGCUUGUCAUAAAACGCUGUAUACACUCACUUGCAACACCGCUAACCACAGUAUUCAAUCGCUCUCUGCGUACAGGAGUGUUCCCUACUUGCUGGAAAGACUCGUAUGUGUUCCCGGUCUUCAAAAAAGGCUGUAAGCGAGUCGUCUCGAAUUAUCGCGGAAUAGCCGCGUUGAGUGCUACCUCUAAGUUGUUUGAGUUGAGAGUGUUGCACUUGCUGACUCAGAGAUAUGUACAGUAUAUAUCACCGGAUCAGCACGGUUUUAUAUCUAAACGUUCCACAACGACUAACUUAACCUGCUUCACAUCGUUUGUAAUUCGUCAAUUAGAAAACGGCCAGCAAGUCGAUGCUAUCUACACCAAUUUAUCUGCGGCGUUUGAUAAAAUGAAUCACCAGAUUGCCAUAGCCAAAUUUGACAAACUUGGCAUGAAUGUUAAUUUGCUUUUAUAUUACACGAUAAAACAGCCAAAGGACGCGUUGUUUUUGCAACAGCAGUUGGAAGCCUUCGCUGACUGGUGUCAACUUAACCGGAUGUCGUUGGACGUAUCCAAAUGCUCGGUCAUUUCGUUUAGUCGCAGAAGCUCCAACAUCAAUUUCAACUACGCUUUGGCAGGUGUACAGUUAAAGCGCGAAUCAACAGUGAAAGACCUGGGAAUUCUGCUCGAUACCAAACUGAACUUCAAAGAUCAUGUUGCAUACAUCGUUUCGAAAGCCUCGUCGCAGCUAGGAUUCCUGUUUCGCUUUGCCAAGAAGUUUAAAAACAUUUACUGCCUCGAAACAUUAUACUGUGCAAUUGUUCGGCCGUUACUGGAAUGUGCAUCUGUGCUCUUUGAACACCAACAUACGCCGCCGCAACCUCCGAUCGCACCCGUUCCUGAGAAUCCGUCGUGCAAGGACUGA